AGGAUCGUCCGAGCUGCGGAGGCGAACCUCUUCGUGAGCGCACAGAAGCUUGUCGUGGUUGUGUCUCAAGACCUCGAUCGGGCUGUCUCGCCCCACAUGAUCCGCAAUGGACUGAGUAUUGCAGGUCUGAUUGGCAACUCGGCAGGGAAGGAGCCGUACCUGUCCAAACAUCGCCGCCAGCUUCUUAAGAAAUACGCU